AGAGAGAAAGCGGAGGGAGGGAGAGAGAAGGUAAAAACGGAAAGAAGAAAAGAGGGACUCAAAAUUUCAGAGAAGAAGGGAGGAGGAGGAGGAGGGGGCAGAAAAACGUUUCAUAUCAUCAUAUACAUUCGAGAUUCAAUUUCUGUAACCAACGAGGCAUUGAAGAAAUCGCACGCUGCGUUUGGAAGACACAUUCGAAUUCAUCAGGUUGAUUCGAUUGGUGUUGAAUCAAUCAAAUUCCAAUCAAUUACAUCUCUCGUCAGCGUUGGGGUUCCGGUUAUCUUCGCGAAUCGAACGAUGUCGAUCGCUCUCAGAUUCGUACAUGUAAUUGGAAUGGAGAGGGAUGAGAUAUGAUCUGGAGGGAAUCGGAUUGUGAAAGUGAAAGUGAAAGUGAAUGGGGGAAGAAGGUAUGCUGAUGGAAAGCGAGUUUUGUUCUAGUUAUGCGGAUCAGGUGAUUUCGUCCUCUUUGCAUAACCGAUCCAAUAACUCCAACAGCAAUCCAAUGUCGGCUUCUUCUUCUUCUUCGUCUUCCCCUUUUCUCCCUGUUUCGUCGCCGCCGCGGUCUACCUCUCCCGCUUUGGUAGGUGGCGGAGGCGGUGGAGCAGGGUAUCUAGAACACGUCGUUUCCAAAUUCGACACGCUUGCUGGCGUCGCCAUCAAAUACGGCGUUGAGGUGGCCGACAUCAAAAAGAUGAACGGCCUCGUUACAGAUCGCCAAAUGUUUGGCCUCCGGUUUCUUCAGAUUCCACUACCGGGGAGGCAUCCUCCAUCCCCAUGUUUAUCAGAUGGUUCCAAGACUCCAGGCCAGACCAGUUCUGACCAGAACCCAACUCGCAGCAUACAGUAUGAUCUGGUUGACUCAUUCUGGUCCCUUAGAGUUACUCCUCCGAAGAAACCCUCCCCGGCUAUGAACUCAUUACAAAGUUAUUACGGGCUGAAACCAAGAAAUCAGAACUCUAUAACUGAAGGUUUUGAAAUGGCAGUCUACAAAAAUGGAGGUGCCCAUUAUUUAGAAGAGGGACGAUUCCUUGGAGCCUCACCAGCUUCUGACCAACCAUUGAGACAAUAUCGAAAGUCAAGGAGCCUAGUUAAGUUGGAUGAGAAUGGUGAACUUUGUGAUUCCAUGUCUGCAGAAGGUGACUCUGAACCAUUGGGGGAUAAAUGGAUUAGAAGGCGUCAGAAAUCUGAAGCAGACUUCUCUCGCACCCCUGAGAAGCUUUUGGGAGGUAACAGCGGCAGUGCCAGCAGUGCCGGGUUUUCAGCAAUUUCAGGGCAGCGCUUAGCCCUUAGACCCACAGCAGCUAAUAGAACUGCCUUAGGAAAUGAUGUUGAAGCUGGUGGCUUGAAUCCUAUACCAGUAGGUAUGGGUGAUUCUCUUAUAGCAGAUGGGUUAUUUGGAGUGAGGAAGUCAUCAAGCACGUCAAAUUUGCAGGAUCACGAGAGUAGCGGUUCUGCAUCCAUCUGGUCAACAUCUAAGUGGAGUUUGAAGCCAGACUUGCAAGCCUUUUCAACCGCAGGAAUUGCGAAACCAAUAUACGAUGGUUUGCCUAAACCGAUAACAGGUCGAAGAAAAACUGCACUUGACUAAUUCACUUGAUUAUACUAUCAUUGCCAAUUUGAUCCAUAUUUUUCGCAUCAUCCGUCAUUCAUUAUCAGCAAGCAUUCAACUGGUAAGUACAAAGAAACAAGAAAUCGGGACAAGAGUUGAAUAACACUCAAAAUCCUUAAUCAUUGAGGUACCAGGAUACCGGCCCAAGCCGGCGGAUGAACGAUUGAGCGAAGCAACCGAUUUUAUAUGCAGAUUGAAGAAUACAAAACUAGAUAAUUUGUUAGACAAACUUAAGAGGAUGUAGAUUUCUAGUCAUUCCUUAGGUUUCUGGAACAAUUUGUUUAUACAUUGAUUAUACUUUCUAAUUCUUUUGCUUCUUUAUUUAAUUA